AUGUACACCAAAAUUAUUCCUGCAAUCCUCCUGGCUGGCCAGGCCCUCAAGGCAGCAGCACUCCCUGCCACUACGAUCACAAUACACAGUACUAUAAUCAGCACGACGGUAGUGCCUGCCAUAACCGAAGCCGCUGGCUCUAACCCUUCAAAUGCUGCAACUCCAGCUCGUUUCUCACCCGAAGCCAACACUACCCUUACUACACUCAGUAGUUUCAGCGAUGCUUCGCCUUCUCGUUUGACUCAGCUCACCAUUACCGUAACCGAGACCGAGGCUAUGCCAUAUCCGAUCCUUAUUACCGUGAUUGAUUACUACUGUCCCACCCCUACUUCUGAGGUUGCUCCCAGCACAUCUGCUGCUUCGCCAGAAAGCAGUUCAGCCACUGCCUCGAGUACUGCUACCCCAGCACCCUCGAGCGCCAUACCAUCUUUUGAGACGACGUCGUCUUCCGAACCCACUAAGCUUUCUUCUUCUUCUUCGUCUGCUCCUGCAACUACUGCAACAAAGGCUUGCGUUUUCCCAAUCCCAGGUGAAUGUGACAUCUGA